GUGAUUAAGGCAAGAUGCGGUGGGCAGUUCUGUGUCUAGUGACGUGUUACCUUGCCAGUCAUGCGUAUGCUCAACAAACAUUGAAGACCAUCAACUUCCUCACCAACACCGACGCCACCGUCGACAUUAAUCUCAGCAACACAGGGACCGCGGGAACAUGUCUGCUAAAACAGCCCAACGGUCUAGAGGUCGACCUAGCUUCCCUCAACGUGGUGGGGGUCACAGUUCAGCCAAGCAGCAAAUUUGUGUCCUGUCGAGUUACCAUUGGGCCAAUGACAGCAGCACUUCUUGGCAGUUGGGAGUUGAUUGAGAACUCAGGACUGACUUCUCGCAUUCAACCCGUCACUAUUGCUUGGGCUGAUACCGCAAAUCCUUCAGCGACAGCACGGCAAAGAGUCUUAAGUGGCGAACAACACUACAAAGUAGACCUCGGUGGCUUAGUCGUCGCAAACCUUCGCCGAGAAACCGGUACCUACGAAGGCUGCUUCAUCACAGCCCCUGAUGGCACCACCAUGCCCUUGUCGGACACUACUGACUAUCCUGGCAUUCAGUGGACUUCGAGACCUACUUUCACGAACAUUUGUAGUGUGCAGUUGGGGCCUAUUGACGCGGACAUGGUCGGGGCAUGGAUGAUGAGGGGCUGGUUCGUCCAUAACGGGCUUUUGAUCGAGGCGCAACAACCUGUACAUGUUCACGAGGAAGAUGGGAUCGAGCAUUUACCCGUGUUGGAAUAUCUGACCCACACUGGCAAAACAUAUGACAUCAGCUUGAAUCGAACAGUCAACCUCGCCACUUGCAUUUUAGUCGAUCCUGCUGGCACAGAAUACACCCUUAGCACAGCCUCCAGCAUCCCAGGAGCCACGGUCUACAACGCCGACCAAUACGUCAUCUGCCGCGUGCGUAUAGGACCCAUGAAACAGAGUUUGAUAGGGGAAUGGACGUUGGUUCAGCAGAACACUGACAGUACGCAGCGUCGGCAACAUGUAAUUUUUCAAUGGGCAAAUCCUUCCAACCCGGAUGAAGAAUCCUGGUUUGUGGCGCACGAUAUGCCAAGGGAAAUUUUUGCAACCACUGGAUCCACUACAGAAAUAUAUAUAGGAAGAAACGAAGGCUUCUUUGAGUUUUGCUACAUCACCACUCCCACCGGAGUACAUUUGCCUAUGUACGGAAGGAACUAUCCGGGAAUACAGCACGUAUUAUCCAAUAGAGUAUCAUCGUGCGUUGUUGAACUAGGCCCCUUAAAUACUGAAAUGUGGGGUGACUGGACCUUACACGCAAGACACGAUGUCGACGGAAGACACAUCGAAUUGGCGCAAGUUUUUCAUGUUACCCAGGACACCGGCGUCAGAACACUGCCACGUAUGCGGCACUGGACAAACAUCGGGGCGACAAUCGAUAUCAAUUGA